GUAAACUCUAUCUCACAUUUAAUAGAUUAAAACAGGAAUACAAUCUACUGGCGCCAUGAGUCAAGACUUCGUUAUCAUCAAGAUCUUCCAACAACAACACUAUGCUCUCGUUGAGAUGAAACGGCAUUCACUUCCUCGCUGCAAUCCUGCCCAGAUAGUCGUAAUGGGGUAAUCGUUGAUCGCAAAGUGUGAUCGCGUAGCCAUUAAAUUAUUUCCUGAAACUAACGCAAAUUCGCAAGUGCAAUGAAGAAUCUAGUGAACUUUGUACUGUUUGCCACAUUUGGUACAUCAUGUACAAUCUUUAAAACCAGCGUAGCCACAUUGUGUGAUAAAUUCCGGACGCUUCCCCCUUCAAGUGAAUGUAAUUGUACCGAUGCGAAUAUGACAGUGUUGUGCCAUUAUUUUGAGAUAUAUCAAGCGCCUGAAGACAACUCCACUUUAUGCAUCGGCUGCAAUGGAAACCAACUGCAGUUCAAACAACCGACCCUAUUCGAUGUGGAUUUCAGUGGAAUAAGAGAAGUUGAAGUUCAAUCCUGUAUAUUGAACGAUUCCUUUAAGAGUAUGCUGCAGAGGAUCGGGAUACGUGAUGUUCAAGCGGUAAUUUUGAACGAAAAUACGCAACUUGGAGACACAUUUGUGUUAAGUGGAUUGAACAUAACUAAGGUAGAAAUAUUUGCGAAGAAUAUGACAUGGGUAAAUAACGACACAUUUCCGCUUGAUGAGGAUCAGUUCGGAGAGUUUCCUUUGAGCAACAGUAAUGUCAGUUUUCCAACGAACAACUUCUUGUCCAACAACCCAAGCCUGAAUACUCUUUCCAUUACAAAUAAUAAAAGCCUAAAGGACCUCCCAAAAAUUAUGGCAAUUCCGUCUUUGAAGAAACUCUACUUGGAUCACAAUAACAUUUCUAUAAUAACAUCAGCAUUGUUCUCAAUGCUCCAAAACCUAACCCUUUUGGAUUUGGAACAAAACCCAAUUGGUACAAUAGCAGAGGAUGCCUUCCGAUCCAACCGGGAGCUUGCAUGGUUACGUCUACGAUUCGUUCGGACGCAGUUACCGGACAACAUAUUCGAACCACUAACGAAGCUGACUGAGUUGCGUAUCGUUGAUGGACUCUUGCAGCAUAUUCAAGAGCGCAUGUUCUGGAGCCAAACGCAAUUAAUAAUACUGGAUUUGAGCGGGAAUCAAUUAACUGUAUUAGGCAACCGCGUUUUCCUUCAUCUGACUUCUUUAAAAUCUUUAAAAAUUGACAGAAACAAUCUAAGCGUCAUAUCAUGCGAGUCCUUUCCUUCUAAAGCCCAUAACUUAAGUAUCAUCAGCCUGAAUUGGAAUAAAUUUACCAAUAUACCAUUCGAAGGCCACAAUAAUUCAUGUACCCCGGAGCUGAGCGUAGCAAGAUUAAGUAAUAAUGCGAUAAAAAGUUUGUCGAUCAAUGCAAUUCCACCAUCGCUACGAUAUUUUGAUCUAUCCUACAACCAAAUUAAAAGUAUUGAAAUCGACAAGGAUACAUUGGAUGGACGGCUAAAAUUAGAGUUAUCAGUGAUUGGUAAUCCUUUAGAAUUCAAUUGUAAAAUGAUAAACUUUGUUCAAAUGGUGCAAAAAGAUAAAUUAAAACUGAACCACUCCGAAAGAUUCAACGAUUUAGUUAUUGACCAGCUUUACUGUGAUUUAGAGGCAUAUCCUUGUCCACAAGAUUGUAACAACUGUCGCUUGGUUGGUCCACAACGCGAACUUGUUUUGGAUUGCUCUAACAAAAACUUAAGAAAGGUUCCUCAGAUAUCUCCGUAUUUUCCCCUGAAAUAUUCGUCUAUUGUACUGAACGUUCGCAAUAACGCAAUAAAACAGCUGCCAACUAUUAAGAGCAAUCCGGGAUUUGGAUUCGUAAACACCUUGCUGAUAGAUAACAAUUUCGUCGAAAGCUGGAAAGUUUCAUCCUUACACAAGAACCUCACCGUGAUCUCCAUGAACAACAAUAGCCUCACCAGUAUUGACGAAAAGCUAUUGCGAUCUGCCAUGCAUCUUUCAAACCUAACACAGAUUAACCUGUUGGAAAAUAAUCUACAUUGUUACUGCACAUAUGUAAAGCACAUUCUAUUACUACGAUCCAAGAUCGCUAAUUUAUCCGCUUUGACUUGUGCAACAGGACAGCUACUAGUGGAAUUUGAAAAAUCGUGCGAACCAAACAACCACAAUUCUGUCUUAAUUUUAUUCCUAAUCUUAACAAUAAUCGUCAGUGGACUCUUAAUUUACUAUCGCUACCAACCAUCGAUUAAGAAGUGGCUUUUCAUCAAACACCUAUGUCUAGGUUACGUUUCCGAAGCAGAAGCCGACGAGGACCUUCAGUACGAUGCUUUCAUUUCGUACUCACGUCUCGACGAACACUUCGUAAUUCACCAACUGAUCCCAACGCUGGAAGCCCCUCCCCAAAACUAUCGAGUGUGUAUUCACCUGAGAAAACUCGUCCCCGGAGUUUUGCUCCAGAAACAAGUACUCAACGCCAUAGCUAAUUCACGUCGCACGAUCAUCUACAUAACGCGCAAUUUCCUACGAUACGAGUGGACACGUGCCGAGUUCCGAUUGGCAUUUGAGCACUCAUUGCGGCAGAAUCGUGCCAGAUUGAUUGUGAUUUUAGCCAACGACGUGGUGCAGUUGGACGAGUUGGACCCGCAGCUGAGGGUGUUCUUCAGCACAACGACCUACAUUCGGAAGGAUGAUGAACGGUUUCGGGAAAAGUUGUUAUACGCAAUGCCCCACCGUGAUAUCGAAGUAAUGCAACGAGAGCAGGGGAUACUACUGGAAGAGGGACGUUUGAGGGACAGCUUGUUGAGGGAGAUGAAUCGCCACAGGGAACGAAUUGAUUUGGGCGAUGUUGAAUUGUAAAAUAAAGAUAAUAAAUUGACGUUGAUGUUAUCUGUAAUAUAAGGAAAUUCAUGUCAGUUCAACACAUGCAUAAAUCUGAACACUCGGCGCUAGACAUAUUGAACUUCGGCGGAAUCAAAUAUACUUUCAACGUCAAGAAACUGUACAUUUUUUUUUGUAUUACAUGUACUACAAUUCCAAUAAAAACAUACG